CUGUGGCACCUAUCAGAAGCCGGUUUCUUCUGAAAAUAGUCAAAAAUAAGUGCUUAUCGCGCCAGUAACAUUAUACUAUUCUGAGAUUUUGUUCAUAGAACAGCACCACCACUCGAUAAUGCCCAGCAAUCCAGAUGCGGAAAAGAAUAAUCCCUGCCUGAAGGAGCAGAACCUGGUACAUAAGUGUUUGAACAAAAACAACUACGACAACAGUCAGUGCGAGCUGUACUUUACCAAUUACAACAAUUGCAAGGACUUUUGGUACCGGGUCCAGAGGGAUCGGCGUGCCCGGGGAGCGUACCCAUACCUGCCCGAUCUUGCCGACCGGGCCCAGAUCAAAGAGGAAUACAUGAAGACGAAACCGAGUGGGUGAUUGUGGAUUGGAUUGGUUGAUGUUUGGUUUGAAUAUUUUUAGAACGUAGGAAUGUUGGAAUAAAUGGUUCGGUUUAUAUGAA